CAGUUGGGUGUCAGAAUUACACCGGAACAGUUGGCUACCAUAUGCUCGUUAGCUUCCGCCCCAUAGCAUAACAUUACGGUUAAUAUUAACCGCAAAUGGAUUACUACUCCGAUUAAUUAUCGUGAGCUGAUUUCAAGAACUGUAUCUCCAUUGAUUGUGUGAUCGACAAGACUCCCAAUUUAACGCUCUCAAUUAAGGAUCGAAAUGGCUACUCACUACAUUGUGUCUUCUCUACUAUUGAUAAUCUUGGUACAUAACUCGCUGGCCACUGUCGCGUUCCAGUCCAUCGUGAGUCACGGCUGUCAGCGAGACCAACUGCAUAGAUGUGUCAAAACAGCCGAGCCACUGCUACGCAAUCCCGACUACGUCGUUCCGGCCACUCUAUCCGACGUCUCUACUCACUGCAGAAUCGGGACUGAAUUUAUCGAUUGCAUCAGAGACUACGCCAUGAUCUGCCUGACGAGCGAUAGGCGACAACAACAAUUGCAAAUCGCUUUAGACGAAGCCGUCAAGAACGACGAGAUGUGCUCGAAUGCAAAUUAUCAAGCAGAUUAUCUGAAGCAUGCACCGUGCAUCAAGUCCAUGGCAACAGAUGAGGGAAAGUGUCGGAAGCAGCUCAGCUACCUGAUCGAUCAAGUGUCGGCUCUUUCGAUUUCCAACAUACAAAUUUGCUGCGCUCACCAUGCAUUCCAAGAGUGCAUGUUGGCAGCAGCUGAUAGAAACUGUCGAGCGUCAUUAGACGGCAAAGCAGUCCAAUUCACCAAAGACAUGUUCUCGAAAUCACUGGCCUUCCUUCUCAAGCAAUGCGAGGACUAUGUACCAAACUCUGCACAGUGUCCAAUAGCAGGAUUGACUGCUCAGGAUGUGUGGGAAACUUCAGUACCUCUUCAAGACAGCACUAGACCCACUUUCAACGAUUUCACUACACGAAGAAGCAACAAUUUUGUCUGGCAACAGACUACCUUCAAGCCUUGGUAUCCUGGAAUCAGAAGCAAUUCAAUUGACUCACCCAAACAACAGGGGCUCUUUUCAAAAACUAGCAAAUCAACUGGAAAUGUCUUUCUCUUCCUAUCUAUUCUUUUCAUUCCUCUAUUAUUCUAGUAGGUACUACUGUGCUUUUUAACUUUUUGGCUGUCAUGUUUUCGAAUAAAUAUUACAAUCAUUUACCUUCGCUGUUUCAAGCAAAGUAGAAAAUGUCAUCAUCAUUUACUUUGCCUGGUUUUUCCCCAUUUCAAACACUAAAUUACUUUUCUUCAUUCCAGGUCUUAUAUAUAUAAUACACGACUCAAUGUAUACAUUGAA